AUGGUUUCCAGCGUCUUAUCCAUCUUGGCUCUCGCCACUGCUGUUCUGGCUCAUCCGCAGCGACACCAUCGAUUCCACUAUGGCACCGGUACCGGUAGAGGCUCAGGCAUCGCCUUGCCUACCGGUGGAACAUUCGCAGCUAACGGCACUGCUCACAACGGUACAAACUUUGGAGGCUCAGCAGUCGAGUCCCCUGCCACAGCUGUCACGACGAUCAUUGUUAGCCCUAUCCCUCUUGCAUCCUCCACGGGCGGUGUUGCCGAGGGCAUCUCAAGUGUUCCUGUCGCCAACGCUGCCGUCGGAGUCAGCACUACCUCGUGCAGCAGCAGCUUGACGUCUACCAUUACUACUACGUCUGUGCAAUUCGUCACAUUCACGGCAAGCGCUAGCUCUACCUCAGUCUCGGCCAGCUCUGCCCCAGCAUCCUCCUCUGUCGUAUCUGACUCCGGGCUCGAAGACCUAACUGGAUCGGCGUCAGUCAGCCUUGAUGCUGGAACACCAACUGCGGGAGCCUUCUUCGGGAGACCUUCAGUUGGAGGCGGAGCAUCGGUUGCAGCUGGUUCGUCGGUUGAAUCAGUUGUUCCCACCACCUUGGCAACAAUUGCUGGCACAGCACCUGCCUCUAGUGCUGCCGCGAGUGUCUCUAUCUCGGUCCCUUCCUCCAGCUCCAGCUCCACACCAAGCACCGGGGGUUCCACUAGCGGCAAGAAGGGUCUGUCCUACAACAUUGCCUCGUUGACCUCGGCUUUCGCGGGCCAGGGUAUUAGCUGGGCUUACAACUGGGGGGCCGCACCCGAUGGCAGCAUUCUCUCCGGAGCAGAGUUUGUUCCCUUGUUGUGGGGGCAAAACUCCAUCUCUGCGUGGUCCAGUGCUGUGCAGUCGGCCAUCUCUAGCGGCUCUAAACACGUGCUCUCCUUCAACGAGCCCGACCUCAGCUCUCAGUCGAACAUCGAUCCCGUCACAGCCGCCCAACUCCAUAUCGACAACGUCGCUCCCCUGUCCGGCCAAGUGUCAGUGGGCUCUCCGGCAAUUACCAACGGUGCCGGAUCGAGUCCACCUAUGGGAACAACGUGGCUCCAGCAGUUCUUCGAUGCAUGUGGCGGAAAGUGCAAUAUCGAUUUCGUCGCUUUCCACUGGUAUGCCGACGCAAGUCAGGUCGACUACUUCAAGUCCCACGUCCAGGAUGUCAUCGACACAGCGGCAAAGAACGGCGUAAGCAAAGUUUGGUUGACCGAGUUCGGUGCCACAGGCUCUGACAGCGACGUUGCCUCAUUCUUGAGCGAGGUCAUCCCAUGGCUUGACUCUCAGAGCGCCGUAGAGCGGUAUGCGUACUUCAUGUGCAGCGACGGUAUCCUGGUGAAUGGAAACUCCGUCUCCAGCCCCAUCGGCGAGGCAUACCUGUCCUGA